AUGGAGAGCAAAUCAAAGAAUUUGGCUGCAGUCAAGUGCAGAUUUAGUAUUAGGAGGAAGAUUUAAGAGUUGAGCUAUGGUGGCCACUUGUUUAUUAAUAACAGCAAGAAAUCUAUGAGAGAAAUCGUACUUUUAGGAAAAGAUUUCUCUUUAAAACACUUUAUAAUUAAAUUUCAGAAGAAACUUACUGAGUAGUGCUUGUUGCCAACUAUAAAAAGAUCUGUUACCUUUCAGAAGAAUUUGUUGAAUUUGCCAAUUAAAAGGAUUUUUCAGUAGUAUUGGUAGUAAAUUCAUUCUCCCUUUAUCUAUUAUUGUCGAAAGGAGAAAAUUAAAAAAAACACUUAAUUGGUAAUGAUCUAAACAUUCGCAUCAGAUAAAGUAAUUUAUAUUAAGUUUGAGGUAAUUAAAUGUUGUUAGGGGUGCGAUUAUUUUUCAAGUCAGCUAUCAACAAGUAGUGAAGAUUAAUGUUCUGAUUUUAUUGGCAAUAAGAAAAUGCAAGGCUUUUCAUAAAUUCAAAAGCAUUUACAAUUCAAUAAGAUAUUUUGA